CCACAGCGCGGAGUCUCCCCAUCAGAGACAUGGCAGAGGUGGAGGAGACCCUAAAGAGAAUCCAGAGCCAUAAAGGGGUUAUUGGAACCAUGGUGGUAAAUGCAGAAGGCAUUCCGAUCCGGACCACUAUGGAUAACUCCACCACGGUUCAGCAUGCAGGGCUUCUCCAUCAGCUGACGAUGAAGACCAAGAGCACAGUCCGGGACAUUGACCCCCAGAAUGACCUCACUUUCCUCAGGAUCCGAUCGAAAAAGCAUGAGAUCAUGGUAGCUCCAGACAAGGAGUAUCUUCUCAUAGUCAUCCAGAACCCGUGCGAAUAAGCUCCCUCCCCACCUGUCUGGGACACCAGCUGAGGAGAACGGGUCAGAAUUAUGAUGCAGAUGAUACCCCCAGAAAAUUCCCUCUUGUACGU